AUGUGUUCAACGUUGCAGAACUACCUGAUCGUUACCUGCCUGGCCUUGACGGUUGUGGCUAUUGCGAUGGCGAUACCGGGUGGCUCUGGUGGUUACAGUGGAGGAUUCGGCGGUUACGGGGGCGGUAGUGGAGGCUAUGGAGGAGGCGGUGGACACGGCGGAGGUGGAGGAGGCUACGGUGGACACGGUGGCGGUGGAGGAGGCUACGGUGGAAAAGGAGGCGGUGGAGGAGGCUACGGUGGACACGGUGGCGGCGGCGGAGGCUACGGUGGAAAAGGUGGCGGUGGAGGAGGCUACGGUGGACACGGGGGCGGUGGAGGAGGCUACGGUGGACACGGUGGCGGAGGAGGAGGCUACGGUGGACACGGGGGCGGUGGAGGAGGUUACGGUGGACACGGUGGCGGUGGAGGAGGCUACGGUGGACACGGUGGCGGCGGAGGAGGCUACGGUGGAAAAGGUGGCGGUGGAGGAGGCUACGGUGGACACGGUGGCGGUGGAGGAGGUUACGGUGGACACGGUGGCGGUGGAGGAGGCUACGGUGGAAAAGGUGGCGGUGGAGGAGGCUAUGGUGGACACGGUGGUGGUGGAGGAGGCUACGGUGGUCACGGUGGCGGUGGAGGAGGCUACGGCGGCCACGGUGGCGGAGGCUAUGGCGGUUCUGGAGGAGGUGGAUACGGCGGAGGUGGAUAUGGCGGCCACGGUGGCGGCGGAGGUGGUGGUAAAGGCUACGGGCGCUAG